AUGCGUGCCGACAUUUCCACUCUUGGAUCCGCCAAUGGCUAUAGUAAUGGAACCGCCAACGGGUCCGCACUUCACAAAGUCGAUGUGGUAAUUGUGGGAGGAGGCUUUUCAGGGUGCUACAUGCUACACAAGCUGCGGCAGCAAAACUUCUCGGUGCGGAUCGUGGAGGCUGCCCCUGAGCUUGGCGGUGUUUGGCAGUGGAACUGCUAUCCCGGCGCCAGAGUCGACACACACGUACCUCUGUACGAGUACUCCAUAGAGGAGGUGUGGAAGACAUGGACAUGGCAGGAAAAGUUCCCUACUGCAAGCGAGUUGCAGCGUUACUUCCGUCAUGUUGACAACGUGCUCGGACUGAGUAAAGAUGUCAUCUACAACACCAAGGUCACCAGAGCUAUAUUCGACGAUUCAAAGAGCACAUGGACCAUCUCGACGGAUAAAGGCAGCAAGCUCGAGGCCAAUUUCUUCAUCCCGGCAGUUGGCUUUGCCGCAAAGCGAUCAUUCCCCAAUUGGGCCGGCCUCGACGACUUCAAAGGCAUUGUUCACCACUCAAGCUUCUGGCCCGCUGAUGGUGUCGAUCUAGCCGGCAAGCGCGUCGCUGUCGUUGGCACUGGGAGCACUGGCGUUCAGCUUGUCCAAGAGAUCGGGCCCCAGGCCGGGGCUCUGACACUUUUCCAACGCACACCCAACCUGGCACUUCCGCUGAACCAGGUCGUCCUGACGAGGGGCAUGCAGGAUGAAAGCAAGCCAGAUUAUCCUGCCAAGUUCCUAGAGCGCCUGCAGAGCAGGUUUGGAUAUGACUACAGCCACGAGGAUAUCAACACUUUUGACCAUACACCACAGCAGAGGAGGGCCUUCUACCAAUCGAAAUGGGAUCAAGGAGGCUUUCUCUUCUGGGUCGGUGCUUACCAGGACCUCUUGACAGACCUGAAGGCCAACCGCGAGGCGUAUGACUUCUGGGCAGAACAGAUCCGGGGAGAGAUUAAAGAUCCAAAAAAGCGGGAUAUUCUUGCUCCUUCAGAACCCCCUCAUCCCUUCGGUACGAAGAGACCUGCCUUGUUCCGCAACUUCUAUGAAGUAUGUGACCAGGACAACGUUACCAUCGUGGAUACCAACAAGACACCCGUCACUCAAGUCGUAGCCGACGGUAUCAUCACAGGAGACGCCAAGAAACACGACAUUGACGUUCUCAUCCUCGCAACCGGCUUCGACGCAAUAACCGGGGGCCUCAAAGCCAUCGAUAUCCGAAACGACCGCGGUGAAACAUUAUCUGACAAAUGGUCGGCGGGCACUUGGACAAAUCUUGGCCUGAUGACGGCUGACUUUCCAAACAUGUACUUCAUAUACGGUCCUCAAGGCCCGACCGCCUUCUCCAACGGUCCCACCUGCGUCGAGAUCCAGGGCGAAUGGAUCAUCAACGCUCUCACGCACAUGCGAGAAAAAGGCGCGCGCCGCAUGGCUGCAACGCUUCAGGCGCAGGAGGAUUACCGGGCCAUGAUAAACGACUUGACAGCCCAGACUCUGUUCCCUCUGGCAAAGUCUUACUAUAUGGGUGCCAAUAUCAAGGGCAAAACAAAAGAGGCGCUGAACUUUCCAGCGGGGAUCCCUAAAUACAGGGAGCUACUUGACGAGAGCGCAGCCGAGGGCUAUAAAGGAUUCGUACUUGCCUAAUGUCUAAAUAUGAAAAUGUUUUUCGGCUAUUGACGAGAGGAAAAGCAACAGGGUUUGUAGCGAACAUAUAAGAAGACAAUCUCCGCAUGCCACAUUUCCACAUUAAACUAUUCAACUAUCAAUGUACAUUAUGUGCCAUAGUUGUUUACAAGUCUACGAG